UCCUCUCUCUCCCCCACACACAAACCGAAAAUCAACAGAGCUUCGACAGGCACGCCGGAAACGCAGAGACGAGAUUUCUGGUUUGAUUUUUGGAGAAGAGGGGAAGAAGAUUCGGUGGUGCUUUCCAUGGCGUUGGCUGUGAGUACGUCUUCUACUUCCGCCAUUUCUGGGUCGAGCUUCUCCCGCGCGAGCAGCAAUCACAACGAGCUCCGAGCUCCACAGAUUGGUUCGUUCCACCUGUUAGAUAGACCGCACGCUGCGUCCAUAGCUUUGAAUGUUUCCCAAAGGCGAUCCUCAGUGAAGCCCAUCAAUGCAGAGCCGAAACGAAAUGGCUCAAUUGUCCCUUUGGCAGCAACAAUCGUUGCUCCUGCAGAAGUGGUAGAGAAGGUGGAUGUGAAAGUGGAGGAUUACGAUCAGUUGGCAAAGGACCUUAAUGGUGCAUCUCCUCUUCAGAUCGUGGACAAGGCCCUUGAGAAAUUUGGAGAUGAUAUAGCGAUUGCUUUCAGUGGUGCUGAAGAUGUCGCCUUGAUUGAAUACGCAAAAUUGACGGGAAGACCUUUUAGGGUAUUCAGCCUUGACACGGGGAGGCUGAACCCUGAGACAUAUCAGUUUUUUGAUGCCGUUGAGAAGCAUUAUGACAUUCACAUUGAGUACAUGUUUCCCGAUGCUGUUGAAGUUCAGGCACUAGUCCGCAAUAAGGGGCUUUUCUCAUUCUAUGAGGAUGGACACCAGGAGUGCUGCCGCGUGAGGAAGGUGAGACCCCUCAGGAGAGCCCUCAAGGGACUCCGAGCCUGGAUCACUGGGCAGAGGAAGGAUCAGUCUCCAGGUACAAGGUCCGAGAUUCCAGUGGUUCAAGUGGACCCUGUUUUUGAGGGCAUGGAUGGUGGGGUAGGUAGCCUUGUGAAGUGGAAUCCAUUGGCUAAUGUUGAGGGCAAGGAUGUGUGGAGCUUUCUUAGGGCCAUGAAUGUGCCUUUGAAUUCAUUGCAUACCAAGGGAUACGUCUCAAUCGGGUGCGAACCGUGCACAAGGCCAGUGCUUCCAGGUCAGCACGAGAGGGAAGGAAGGUGGUGGUGGGAGGACGCCAAGGCGAAGGAGUGCGGGCUCCAUAAAGGAAACCUGAAACAGGAAGAAGCUGGAGUUAAUGGCAACGGUUUGGCCCACGCGAAUGGAAGUGCCGAUGUUGCCGAUCUUUUUGACACUCAGGAUUUGGUCACCUUGAGCAGGCCUGGAAUAGAGAACCUGCUGAAGCUAGAGAACCGAAAAGAGCCAUGGCUCGUCGUCUGCUAUGCCCCGUGGUGCCGCUUCUGCCAGGCAAUGGAAGAUUCGUAUGUCGAACUUGCCGAGAAGCUGGCGGGAAAUGGAGUGAAGGUAGGGAAGUUCAGGGCGGACGGCGGCCAGAAAGAGUUUGCAACGCAACACUUGCAGCUGGAGAGCUUCCCCACAGUACUUUUCUUCCCUAGGCACUCCUCCAAGCCCAUCAAGUACCCCUCGGAGAAGAGGGACGUCGAUUCCUUGAUGGCCUUUGUGAAUGCCCUCCGGUGACGGAAGCCGAAAAGCCGGGAGACUCUUCUUUUCAGUAGGUUAACAUGGGAUUCAUUGAAGGACGGAAGUCAAAUUACUCCAAUUCGUUUUGUGAUGGCUUGGCUAGCAAGCUAGAGUUUUGUGGGCGGGGCCGGUUGGAGUUGCAAGGCUCGACCUCGGACUUUCAUGUAGCUGUAUAUUUUCUGCAUCAGUGUUUGGUAUAGUCAAUUGUUUUAUUU